AUGGGGAACUGGACAUUGGUGACUGAGUUUAUUCCUGUGGGAAUACCCACCACCAGAGCCAUUGGAGGCCUCUUGUUCUUCAUUUUUUUAUUGGCUUAUUUGGUGACCAUCCUUGGAAACACCCUCAUCAUUACCCUGAUUUUUGUGGAUUACAGGCUCCACUCACCCAUGUAUUUCUUCCUCAGCAAUUACUCUUUCAGUGAAAUAUUAACCACCACCUGUGCUGUUCCCAAGAUGCUGGCAGGCUUCCUAUCAGAGAGGAAGACCAUCUCAUUUGGAGGGUGCUCUGCACAGUCUUAUUUCUACUUCCUUUCUGGAUGCACUGAGUUUAUCCUUUUUGCUGUCAUGUCCUAUGACCGCUAUGUGGCCCUCUGCAAUCCCCUUCAGUACCCUAUAAUCAUGACCAGCUCACUCUGUGUCUGUCUUGUCAUCUUCUCUUGGGUGGGUGGCUUUCUCCUCAUCCUCCCCUCCACCAUCCUUAAGAUAGGACUGCCUUACUGUGGCCCCAAUAAUAUUGAUCACUUUUUCUGUGAUAGUGCCCCCCUCCUCCACUUGGCCUGUGCUGACAUACGUAUCAUUGAACUGAUGGAUUUCCUCAGCUCCGUUAUCCUGCUCAUCACCUCCCUCUCACUCACAGUGGUCUCCUAUACUUACAUCAGCUCCACCAUUCUGAAGAUCCCCUCAGGUCAAGGACAACGCAAAGCCUUUGCCACAUGUGCCUCUCACUUCACUGUGGUCUCCAUGGGCUAUGGGAUCUCCAUAUUUGUGUAUGUUCAUCCAUCACAGAAGAGCAACCUGCACCUCAACAAGAUCCUCUUUAUCCUCUCCACUGUCAUCACACCACUCCUGAGUCCCUUCAUCUUCAGUCUACAGAAUGAAUCCAUGAAAGACGCCCUAAGGGACACCUUGGUCAAGGGGCAGAACUUUCUCAAAGGACUGAGGUACAUGUGA